AUGAACGGACACACCAACGAAGAGACGAAUGACACCGCCAAGCAAGUACCCGCCGUCGGUGGCCUUGACAAGGCGUGGACGGAAAAGGUCAUUAGCGCCAUGGGUCCCAAGACGGAUCCAAGGCUGAGAGAAGUCAUGGCUGCCCUCACUCGUCACAUUCAUGACUUUGCUAGAGAGGUCGAUCUCACUGUUGACGAAUGGAUGGCUGGUGUACAAUUAAUCAACGCAGCCGGCAAGAUGAGCACUGCCAAGAGAAAUGAAGGUCAGCUUCUUUGCGAUGUUAUUGGAUUGGAAUCCUUGGUGGAUGACAUUACAUACCGAAAAGCUGCUGCGGAUGCUACUGCUUCUGCCAUCUUGGGCCCUUUCUGGCGACAUGACAGACCUACGAGAGAGUUUGGCAGUACUGUCACUUUCAACACCCCGUCGGAUGGGCAAGUUGCUUACUUCCAUGGCACUGUAACAAGUGCAAAGACUGGCAAGCCUCUGCCUGGUGCAGAGGUCGAGAUGUGGCAGGCGUCGACGAACGGUCUCUACGAGCAGCAAGACGAUGAGCAAGUUGAGCACAACCUCAGCGGAAAGUUCAUCACGAACGAGGAGGGCAAAUAUGCGUUCUACUGCCUUCGACCAACUCCAUAUCCCGUCCCCGGUGACGGACCAGCCGGAAAGCUUUUGGAGAUGAUGGAUCGUCACCCAUACCGACCAGCACACAUCCAUCUUAUUGUGACGGUCAAGGGAUACAAGCCAAUCACAACCCAGAUCUUCGACUCCGAAUCGAAAUAUCUGGAUAACGACAGUGUGUUUGCUGUGAAGGACGCUUUGGUGGUGAAGUUUGAGCCGCGAAAGGGAGACCCACAGGCAGAAUUUGAUUUGGAGUAUAAUGUCCAACUCGCGCCAGCUGAUGAAAAGGGUGUCUCUAGUGUUCCUGAUGUUAGCCCGGCGUAUUGA